AUGGCGAAUAGAGUUUCAAUAACAUUGUUGGUUUCUCUGUUUGUCAGUUCCCUCCUUGCUGCUUCGGCAGGUAAUUUCUACCGAGAUGUAGACAUUACAUGGGGAGAUGGUCGGGGCAAGAUACUACGCCGAGGGAACACACUUUCCCUUUCUCUUGACAAGACUUCAGGCUCCGGAUUCCAAUCCAAGAGAGCAUAUCUCUUUGGAAGGUUCGACGUGCAAAUGAAGCUUGUCCCUGGAAACUCUGCAGGGACUGUCACCACCUUCUAUCUAACAUCGCAAGGAAACAAGCAUGACGAGAUUGACUUCGAGUUCUUGGGAAACCAAAGUGGGAACCCUUAUACUUUGCAUACCAAUGUGUAUACCCAAGGACAAGGGAAUAGGGAGCAAGAAUUCCGCCUGUGGUUCGAUCCAACGUUGAAGUUUCACACGUACUCAAUUCUAUGGAAUCCCCAACGCAUCAUUAUUUUAGUAGAUAACAUUCCCAUAAGGGUGUUCAGUAAUUUAGAAUCCAUUGGAGUUCCUUAUCCCAAAAACCAGGCCAUGAAGAUUCAAGCAAGCCUCUGGGAUGCAGAGGAUUGGGCGACACAAGGUGGGAAAGUGAAAACAGACUGGUCCAUGGCUCCUUUCACUGCAUAUUACAGAAACUUCAGUGCACUCACUACUGACUCUAGUGGAUUCAAGGGUUGGCUGACUCAAGAUCUUGAUGUGCAUGGUAGAAAAUUGCUCCGAUGGGUGCAAAAGUAUUACAUGUUAUACAACUACUGUGCCGAUCGAAGACGCAGGUUUAGCCAUCGUGAAUGCACACGAUCUAGGUUCCUAUGAACAUGAAUAUGUUAAAUUGUUGAUUGAGUAAGAAUUUUAAUGCAUAU